CCCUCCCAAUCAUUGGAUUCAGGUGUUCCAAUCCCCUCACAAUCAUGUGAUUCAGGUGUUCCAAUCCCCUCCAAUCAUUGGAUUCAGGUAUUCCAAUCCCCUCCAUAUCAUGUGAUUCAGGUGUUCCAAUCCCCUCCCAAUCAUGUGAUUCAGGUGUUCCAAUCCCCUCCAUAUCAUGUAAUUCAGGUGUUCCAAUCCCCUCCCAAUCAUUGGAUUCAGGUGUUCCAAUCCCCUCCCAAUCAUUGGAUUCAGGUGUUCCAAUCCCCUCCCAAUCAUUGGAUUCAGGUGUUCCAAUCCCCUCCCAAUCAUGUGAUUCAGGUGUUCCAAUCCCCUCCAUAUCAUGUAAUUCAGGUGUUCCAAUCCCCUUCCAAUCAUUGGAUUCAGGUGUUCCAAUCCCCUCCCAAUCAUUGGAUUCAGGUGUUCCAAUCCCCUCCCAAUCAUUGGAUUCCGGUGUUCCAAUCCCCUCCCAAUCAUGUGAUUCAGGUGUUCCAAUCCCCUCCCAAUCAUGUGAUUCAGGUGUUCCAAUCCCCUCCCAAUCAU